AUGAUCUCGUCAAGACGCUUCGUUCUAAACGACGGCUUAUCCAUCCCCGCGGUUGGAGUAGGAUGCUGGAUGGGUGCAGUUGGAGAAGGCGAGCAUGUAACUGAGAUGGUUAAGAAUGCUCUUCUCAUCGGUUACCGCCACAUCGAUACUCAUUCGGCCGUAGGCAAUGAAGUUUCCGUUGGCAAGGCACUCAAACGGACUAACGUCCCGCGCGCGGACGUUUUUAUAACAACGAAACUCGAUUCAAAGGAUCAUGGCCGCGUUCAAGAAGCCUUGGAUACCAGUUUGCAAAAACUCGGGCUUGAUUAUGUCAACCUAUAUCUGAUGCACUGGCCUCUUGCCGUCACAGAGACGGGCAAGUGCACAGGAUUUUCCGAACACAGUCAAGUCUUACAACCUGGAGAAAGCCCGACCUUCGUUGAAACAUGGAAGCAGAUGGAACAGCUUGUUGCGACGGGCAAAGCAAGAAGUAUUGGAGUAUCAAAUUUCAGUAUCAAGACCCUUACAACUUUGCUUGAACACGCGAGCAUCGUCCCAGCCGUGAACCAAGUAGAGCUGCAUCCUUGCCUUCCUCAGCAUGACCUAUUUGAAUUCUGUAACUCUCACAAAAUCCACCUCACUGCGUACUCUCCUCUUGGGAAACACAAAUUCGCCUCGGAUCCAUCAAUUGUCGAGAUUGGACAUGCACAUGGAGUCACGGGCGCUCAGGUUUUACUCAGCUGGGCAGUGCAAAGGGGAACUUCUAUCGUUCCAAAAACUUUGAAUGAAGAAAGAUUGAAAGAAAAUGUAUCUCUCAUCAAUCUGGGCCCAGAAGAGAUGGCGACUCUGGAUCUGUUUCACAAGAAGCCCGGAAUGCAUCACAGCGUGUGUGGCUUCCACUCGGCAGAACUAGGAGGUUCUUGCUUCGGAUGGACGUACGAACAGCUUGGCUGGCAUAUGACUCUAGGCGGCAUCGUCCCCAGCUGA